GCAGUAAAGUCAGAGCAGACAAAAUCACACACUCAGUCCACAAUAAUGGAGCACUUGAAGGCACAGAGUGUACCACAGGAGGUGGAGUGGAAUUGCAGGAAAAAUAAAGAUAUUUUAGCAUGUAUAUCAUCACCUGAACUUCAAGAUAUGGAUCUUGCUGGAUGUAAAAAUACACAGGUGAUGGAUAUUGUGACUGAAAGUCCUCAGCAGGAGAGAAAUGUAAACGUGACAGAAGGAAGCUUCAGUACUGAGUCAGAAAAACAGCACCCUAGUAGUGAUAUUGAAUCUGAUAAGUGCAAAGUGUGUAUUUCAUCAUUGCAUUUUCCAUCCUUGCACAAAAAACACAUGUCGAACCACACUGAUAAACCACACAAGUGCAGAGUAUGUAAAGCUGCCUUCAAAAGAUUAUCUGAUUUGAAAAGACAUAUGCAGGGUCACCGUGAUAAGAAGCCUCACCAGUGCAGUAUAUGUAAUGCUUCAUUUAAAAGAUCAUAUGUUUUAAAAGAGCACAUGACGGUUCACAAUGAUGACAAGCUUCACCAGUGCAGUUUAUGUAAAGCUGCAUUUAAAACAUUAUCCCAUUUGAAACGACAUGCGCAGGUUCACAGGGAUGAGAAGCCUCACCAGUGCAGUGUAUGUAAAGUUGCAUUUAAAAGAUUAUUCGAUUUGAAACGACAUGCGCAGGUUCACAAGGAUGAGAAGCCUCACCAGUGCAGUGUAUGUAAAGUUGCAUUUAAAGGAUUAUCCGAUUUGAAACGCCAUGCGCAGGUUCACAGGAAUGAGAAGCCUCACCAGUGCAGUGUAUGUAAAGCUGGAUUUAAAAGAUUAUCCCAAUUGAAAGAACAUACUCUGGUUCACAGGGAUGAGAGGGAUGAGAGGCCUCACCAGUGCAGUGUAUGUAAAGCUGCAUUUAAAAGAUCAUAUGUUUUAAAACAGCACAUGACGGUUCACAGGGAUGAGAGGCCUCACGGAUCAGAGGCCUCACCAGUGCAGUCUGCAUUUAAAAGAUUAUCCCAUUUGAAACAACAUAUGCUUGUUCAUAGGGAUGAGAAGCCUCACCAGUGCAGGGAUUAUGCCAUGGUAUCACCAUCUGCAGAGUGCCUGUUGUCAACUCUCAAUGUGGAAACCCAUCAGUCAUCUCUUUUGUAG